ACAUAAACUUCACAUCAUUUAACUAUUUCGAGUAUAAUGGAGGGAAGAGUUAACCAAUCUUGGGCAAUAGGCAUUGACCUCGGAACAAUGUAUUCCUGUAUCGGAGUUUGGAAGCACGACCGUGUUGAAAUACCUAAUGAACAAGGCAACAGAACAACACCAUCUUCUGUUGCUUUUGUUGAUGAUCAACGGCUCAUCGGUGAUGGCGCCAAGAACCAGGAGACCACGAACCCUGCCAACACAAUAUUUGAUGCAAAAAGGUUGAUUGGAAGGAGAUUCAGUGACUCAAAAGUGCAAGGUGACAUUAAAUUGUGGCCUUCUAAAGUCAUAGAAGGUCCUGAUGAUACACCACAAAUUGCUGUCUCUUACAAAGGUCGAGAAAAGGAAUUUUCAGCCGAAGAAAUUUCGUCGAUGAUUCUAGGCAAGAUGAAAGAAACCGCCGAGGCAUACGUAGGAAAUGUUGUGAAAGAUGCUGUGCUGACUGUCCCUGCAUAUUUUGAUGAUUCACAACGUCAGGCAACAAAGGAUGCAGGUACCAUUGCAGGAUUAAACAUCAUCCGCAUCAUCAACGAGCCUACAACAGCUGCGAUUGCCUAUGGUCUAGAUAAAAACACUAGUAUUACAAAGGAGAUGAAGGUGCUCAUCUUUGAUCUUGGUGGUGGUACUUUUGAUGUCUCACUCGUAACCAUUGGCUGUGAAGAAAUGUUUAUCUGAUGCAAUUAUGGCU